GCACUCUGAGAAGAAAGUGGCUGCGCCAAGCUCGGGACCCGAAAAGAAGCAGCAGCCUGGCCAACAGUCUAGAGUGAAAGCCGAGCCUCUUGUGGCCCCCCCUCCCCAGGAGCCCAGGGUCCCCUACCCUUAUGUUUCCAGCCUGUCUGAGAAAGAGCAAAGAAGAUACUUAUUUCUUUUGUCUGAAUAUUUAAAUGCCGACCCAAACCUCUUGCACUGGUCUCAGCAAAGAAAUUACACACAGUAUCUGCAAAUGAAAGAAUUUGUCAGCAAAGAAGUUGCAGAAUUCUUGAAAUUCGCCCAGAACGCUGCUAGAAGCUGUUCUAAAGAUUACAGUGACAUCUCUGAAGAUGCAUUGAUUUACACCAAGGAUUUUCUGAGCGCUCGUGUGGGUUAUGUGAAGAAUUACCCUGAGUGGUAUUCUCUCCACGAAGUGACCAGCCUCAUGGGCGGACGAUUUAAUAGAGAAUUGACCCUCAAGUUUGAGAAAACUCUUCUUGCCUUGGGAAUGGUGCACCUUGUUAAGCGAUUCUUCCCUAAGCUGCCAGCAUCGAUUAAUUUUCCUGCUGAUAAAUCUAAGCGUGAACUACUCUGUGGGACUCCGGAGCACCGUGCUGCCCAGCUGCACAAUGAUGUUAGCACCGAUCCAAAUGCUGAAAGACUGGCUGCCAAAUACUGUCCUCAGGUGGUCCUGACGGAGGAAUCCUUGUAUACGCUGUUGAACAAUCAUGGUCUGGAUUAUAAGCAGCAGUGGGAGCUUCCUGUGUCUGUGAAAACAGUUUCUCUUGGUGGUCUGAAACCAGUCAGAGUGGCCUACAUCGACCCCCCGCUCCCUAAGAAGGAGAUGACGGUGAGGGAAAAGAACCAUUUUUUUCACGAAUUCCUGGCAGAUUUUCAUAUGACAAAGCAGUCCAGUAUUGUAGCUCGGGCUGUGAUACUAGACAAGCCAUCAGAAGAGUCGCCGGGAACAGGGCUUAAGACCUGCCCAGGCAGACCCUUGCCGGAAUCCAUUUCUGCAGACCUGGACUUUGAUACGGACGUCACAGAACUGGAGAGCUUUGCCUCGGCCGCAAAGCCUCUGAGCGCGUCUCCAGCUGAGGUCGCUCCUGCAAAGCCGGCCGGAUGGUCUGCACUCUUACCGGUGCACCUGAAAACGGAAAAAGGUCGGGAAGGGAGGAGCGAAGCGCAGGAGCGGGAAACGGCGUCUAGCAGCGGGAAGGCAUCGCCCUCAGGAAGGAAUCUUCUGGAUUUGGAUAGCGAGGGAAACUCAUCGGGUGAAACGUUCAAGCCAAUGGAAACGGAGCCAGAGGGCAGAAGUCUGGACCCCAAUUUCUUGAUCGCUUCUUCAGAUAAAAAUCGUAAUCUCAGUGAAGGAACUGCUGAAGACGUCCGGUCCCCUGCCCUGUCCUGCAGCAGUGACACGGAUGGGGAACAUCUGAUCAUCGACGCAGAAUGCGAAGCUGGCCACGGGUCUGAACCUGGGGCGGUUACUUCCACCUCCGGCCCUGGAGGACCUGCUCCUCCUUCACCCAGCCCUGGACAGGCCCCGUCAGAAAAACCAGCCGGGUCUUCAGAGAUGCACAGCAAGAAUGCUCCCUGCAAGCCUCCCCCGCGGUUAUCCCAGGAAAUCGAUCCCCUGGGGCAGAUUUUGAAAAUGCAAACCAAGCUGCUGAAACCCCCAUCUCCAAAUUGUCAGGGGCACCUGCUGGCAACCAGGGCAAGGAGUUUGAAUCCUACCCAAGGCCAGGCAGAUGCCCAUUCUCUCCCCUUGGCAUCUUCAGUCGCGGAGCCGGGACAAAAUACCGUAACAAAUACAGGCGCCUCCCCCAAGUUUACCUGGGCAACCUAUUACCAGGGGCCUCAGAAAGGGAUGCUCUGGGAUGCAGCCGAAGACGCAGCCGACUACGAACCUCCUCAGCAUGGCAACCUGGUCUACAAAUUGUACAGCUUGGAGGACAUGCUGCUCUUGGUGCGCACCACCAUCCAGAAAACGGAGUUGAGACCCCAUCAGAAAAAGGCAAAAUUCAGGAGGCACUUUCCUGUUUACGUGUUGCCAAAGUUAGAAUACCAGGCCUUCUACGGAGCAGAAACCUUCACGGAAGACGAAGUCUGUCGACUCUGGACGGAAAGCUUGUUACAUUCCAAUACUUCCUUCACCGUGGGUCACAUCGAUGCCCUCACUUCACGCGUCUUCCUGCUUGAGCGGCUGACUGGGAAGGCGUUGGAAAAACGAUUCGGCACAUUUAAGCCAACCAAUUCAUUACAUAUUCUCCAAAACAUCUUGAAGAAAGUGGCUGGCUUGCAGGAAGGCUCUUACCUCUUGGCUCACCUGGCGGGAGACUCCUCAGUGUCCAUCUACAAGAGCUCGGACGGAAUUUCCACUCGGGCAAUGUACAACCUGCACGCUGCUCACGCCGGCCUGCCGCCCACCCCGGCUGCCCUCUCUGUGCCCUGGGUCCCCCUCGACCCCAACCUCCCUCUGCCGCAUCACUUUGCUCAGGGCCGCGUCCCCUGCACUUUCCCACCGAUGCCGGAUGAGGGUGCCAGGAAGUGGAAGAUGAGCAGGACCAAAGCUUUCUCCGCCACACCCAGCCCCCGAGGGCCAGUCUCCAUGGAAGCCAGGGUCGGUUCCCUGCAGGCUGAGCCCCCAAGAAAGAAGCCUGGGACUGCGCAGAACAAGGGCUCCAGGCCAGAAAAUCAAGGCCCAAACCGGAAAUUCUGGAAAAAGAAGCGCACCAACCGAGGCCACAUGACUUAG